GUCGUCGGGGAGACAUAAGUAAGUUCACUUGUGCAAAUCGACCAUUGUGGGUUGGCGCUAUUACAGUUCCAGUCCCAGAAGAAACAAAGACAGAAGAACUCCAAAGGAAAAAGCAAAGCUUUUUAAGUAUUGUGGCGUGGACUUUUUGAUUCACUGAAUUUCUUGUCUCAGAUCCAUUUUCCGAUCCCAAAAGUAAAACUUUGAACCCAAUUAAAGACGAGACUUGUUUUUUUUGUUUUGUCGUUUUUUAAUGGACGAAAGCCAAGAGCAGAAGCCAUCAGCUCAGCCGUCGAAAGCGAUGGUGGCGGCGGCUUCACGGCCCUCGAUUACUCCCCCACCUCGUCCUUUCACAGAGGCGUCGUUCAACGGUGGAGCACACAUGAUGGGCUUUAGUCCGGGUCCCAUGACUCUUGUUUCCAACUUCUUCUCCGAAUACGACGAGUUUAAGUCGUUUUCUCAGUUGCUUGCCGGUGCCAUGGCCUCGCCGGCUGCAGGGAAAAGACCCAACUUUCCUCCUGUUACUACCAUCGAAGGUCAGGGUGGUGUCUCCGGCUCAGGCGGUGGAGGUGACCAUACAGGAUUACGGUUCAGGCAGAAUAAACCGGCUGGUUUGGUGAUAGCUCAACCGCCAUCGAUGUUUACGGUGCCGACAGGGCCGAGCCCGGCGAGCUUGUUGGAGUCUCCUCGCUUUAGUGUGUUUUCACGUGGUUCCCAGGGACCUUUCGGAAUGACGCACCAGCAGGCGCUAGGGCAGAUCACCGCGCAGGCACAUUCGUUGGCACCUGCUGCAUCUUCGGCAUCGGUUGCCAGUGUGACAAUGAACCAGCAGAUGCCACACGAUUCGACUUUUACUAUGAAAGAACCAUCAGAUGCAUGCCAAUCUGAUCAUGGGUCCCAACCUGCUUCACUUGUUGUAGAUAAGCCUGCUGAUGAUGGGUAUAACUGGCGUAAGUACGGGCAGAAACAGGUUAAAGGGACUGAGUUUCCGAGAAGUUACUAUAAGUGCACGAAUCCUGGUUGUCCGGUGAAGAAGAAAGUCGAGAGAUCGAUAGAUGGCCAAGUGACUGAAAUCAUUUACAAAGGGCAGCAUAACCAUCAACCUCCGCUGCUGAAUAAGCGUGGGAAAGAUACCGGAAGCUUAAAUGGACAUGCAGGUAAUCAGGGGAAUCCCGUAUCAGCUAGCCAACUUGAGAGUGGCAACUCAAACAUAGUGAUUUAUAAGGACCAAGAAUCUAACCAAACUACUGGGACGAGUGACAGUGAAGAAGCUGGUGAGAAUGAAGUUGUAGAUGAAAAUGACGAAGACGAACCCGACCCCAAAAGACGAAGUACAGAAAUCAGGGUCACGGAGCCAGCUUCUUCUCAUCGGACUGUCACGGAACCCAGAAUUAUUGUGCAGACGACUAGCGAGGUUGAUCUCUUGGAUGACGGCUAUAAGUGGCGAAAGUAUGGACAGAAAAUUGUCAAAGGCAAUCCUCAUCCAAGAAGCUACUAUAAAUGCUCAACCCCGGGAUGCAACGUCCGUAAGCAUGUUGAGAGGGCUUCGACAGAUCCCAAAGCCGUUAUAACAACAUACGAGGGAAAACAUAAUCAUGACGUACCGGCUGCCAAAACAAGGUGCCACAACACAGCCAAUAGUAAUGCUUAACAUGCAAGAACGCAAAACAUACUGCCCGAGAGGUAUAGUCGACAACCUGUAGCACGUCUACUGUUAAAAGAAGAGCAGAUAACAUAACACAACUAUGGAAGGUAAAAUCUGUCAUAUUUUCCUAAGUUUUUUAUUCACACUCACGGUUGAUGUUUUAAUGGAGGCCAUUCACUCAACCGAUAUGAUAUACGAAAGAAAAAAGGGAAACAUAAGAAAAAAGUCAGUUUGGAACAAACUCAUUAUCGGGAUCGAAUCGAGGUGAUGCUGUUGUUGCUUGUAAACUAGUACAGUGAGCAUAUUGUGUUUAGUUCUACCAUUCCAUGCAUUCUUUUGUACAUGGAAAUACUGAAUCAAUGUUGUCUGACAU